UUCUGACUCGUUUCCGGUAGGGCAGCCAUCCAAGGACUGUAAAAACAGGCGAGAGUUUGUGGCAGUGUCAGGGGGAACAAACAGUACCAAAAAAGCGCGACAACUGCGAACAGAUCGGGUUACCAUGGCGUCGGGCACCGGGAGCAGCGAGGAGGAGCGGAGCCUGCGGGAGUGUGAGAUGUAUGUGCAGAAGCACAAUGUCCAGCAGCUGCUGAAGGACUGCAUCGUGCAGCUGUGCACCGCCAGGCCCGAGCGGCCCAUGGCCUUCCUCAGGGAGUACUUCGAGAGGCUGGAGAAGGAGGAGGCCAAGCAGGUCCUCAGUCAGCAGAAGCCCAGCUCGCGCUCCGACUCCCGGGAGGACGAGAUCUCCCCGCCCAUGAACCCGGUGGUGAAGGGGCGGCGCCGCCGCGGUGCCAUCAGCGCCGAGGUCUACACCGAGGAGGACGCCGCGUCCUACGUCAGGAAGGUUAUUCCUAAAGACUACAAGACAAUGGCGGCCCUAGCAAAAGCAAUUGAGAAGAACGUGCUUUUUGCCCAUCUGGAUGACAACGAAAGGAGCGAUAUAUUCGACGCCAUGUUUUCUGUCACUUACAUUGCUGGAGAGACGGUCAUUCAGCAAGGUGAUGAAGGCGAUAACUUCUACGUCAUUGACCAAGGGGAAAUGGAUGUGUACGUGAACAAUGAAUGGGUCACCAGUAUCGGAGAGGGGGGCAGUUUUGGGGAGCUGGCUCUGAUCUAUGGGACCCCCAGAGCCGCCAGUGUGAGGGCUAAGACCAAUGUCAAGCUGUGGGGAAUCGACAGAGACAGCUACAGGAGGAUACUGAUGGGAAGCACUUUAAGAAAGAGGAAGAUGUAUGAAGAAUUUCUCAGUAAAGUAUCAAUAUUGGAGUCGCUGGAGAAGUGGGAGCGCCUCACGGUGGCCGACGCCCUGGAGACCGUGCAGUUUGAAGACGGGCAGAAGAUUGUGGUCCAGGGAGAGCCAGGGGAUGAGUUCUUCAUCAUCCUCGAGGGUUCUGCAGCAGUGUUGCAGCGCAGGUCUGAGAACGAGGAGUUUGUGGAGGUUGGACGGCUGGGGCCCUCAGACUAUUUUGGUGAAAUCGCCCUGCUAAUGAACCGCCCUCGCGCCGCCACCGUGGUCUCCCGCGGCCCCCUGAAGUGCGUGAAGCUGGACCGCCCGCGCUUCGAGCGCGUCCUGGGCCCCUGCUCAGACAUUCUCAAGCGAAACAUCCAACAGUACAACAGCUUCGUGUCACUGUCGGUCUAAAACUACCCCCCCCUCCCAGCCCCUCCCCUUACUGCAGGGUCCACCAAUCCUAUCGCUUUAUUUCCCUCUGGGUUUCUUCCUUUUGCCUUUAUUUUUUUCUGACACCCAGCUGCCCAGCCACAUUGUUGCCUCGCCUGCCUGCCUGUCUGUCUGUCCACCUGUCUGUCUUUUUAUAUGAACCCAGCAGGACAUUUUACAUUUAUACUUCAUAAGCUUUCCACAAGGCAGAAUCUCUAGCAUUCUUCAUGAAACUGAACAAAAACAGCAGCGGUUACGGUUGUCCCGCAGUUCCUUUCUCUCGUGUGCAGAAAAAUAAGCCAAAUGCGAUCACUGCGGGAGACUGUCCUAGAACAGUGAGGAACAAGAAGGAACUGAAGGAGUAAAAAAAAAAAAA